AUGUCAGGGCCAAGCGAUUUCUGGCAGCCUCGUGCGGUGAUGUCUGAUAAUUCUGAAAGAGAAAGUCAAAGUCCACCAAGUCCCCAUGCCUUUAGUGGGGAAGAGUUUGAGAGUGGUAGUCAUGAUGAAGCCCUGGGUACUGAUGGGGAGAGUACUAAGUCUGAUCAUAUAGUGGAAGGGCUGAUAAUGGAAGGGGAUAGAGGGGAAGAAGAGCAGUUAAGGAGCCCUGGGUACUUAUGCGACCCUAGAAGCCAUUGCCAACCGGGUGUUGGGUAUAACUCAGGCACCAGAGGCUAG